AUUCAUUCUUUCCUUUAUUUGUAAUCCCUGCCCCCUGACUGAUGCUGUUGGUAGCUAGGUCCUCACCUGGCCCCGCCUUCUGCUUAACCAGUUUCUGCUCAACCAGUUUGGCCUCCCACCCUGUUUACCCUAUAAAACAUGUUUCCGUAGCACCUGUGGCUCAGUUAGUCCCAGAGCUGACACACCUGACAGCCAUUCAAAGUGUCUCAACUAUUCUUUGCCGUAUCAGAGAAUUCAACCGCAAAGUCCACUCAUGUCGUCUGACCAGGAGAGCUGCUACCUGUGUAAAGAGUACCUCAGGGAUCCAGUGUCCAUUCCAUGUGGACACAUAUUCUGCACCAUCUGCCUCAAGACCUACUGGGACCAUGCGGAUCACUCAGGAUCCUACAACUGCCCCGAGUGCAGGGUCACCUACAACAAGAGGCCCACCCCGCGACGGAUCGGGGGAUCCCGACGCACCGGCACAACCCGGACCACCGAGUCCUUCCCUCCCCCUCCUCCAUCCCCGGACUACCAGCUUGCGGGACCCCAGGACGUGGGCUGUGAUAUUUGUGUCGGCAAGAAGCACAAGGCCAUCAAGUCCUGUCUGAUGUGCCUGGCCUCCUACUGUGAGAAGCACCUGAAGCCCCACUUUGAGUCAGCCACCUUCAAGAGGCACAAGCUGGUGGAUGAGAUCGGCCACCUGGACAGGCAGAUCUGUCCCCAGCACCAGAAGGGCCUGGAGCUGUUCUGCCGCACCGACCAGAUGUGCAUCUGUGUGCUGUGCACGGUUAAGGAGCACAAAGGUCAUGACAUGGUCUCUGCAGAACAGGAGAGGUCAGACGAACAGCAACGGUUGGGAGCCACUCAGGCUGAGAUCCAGGAGAAGAUCCAUGAUAGGCUCAAGCAGAUGGAGGAACUGAAACAUGCAGUGGACUCACUCAAGACCUCAGCCCAGAUGGCCAUGAAAGAGUGUGAGAAGCUGUUCGGGGACAUGCUGCGCUCCAUCGAGAGGAUGCAGCAGGAGAUGAUCAAGCUGAUCUCCUCCAAUAAGAGGGCAGCGCUGAACAACGCCGAGGGCCACAUGGACCGUCUGAACCACGAGAUCGAAGACCUGAAAAGGAGAGACAACGAGAUCACCCAGCUCUCCCGCACUGAAGACCACAUCCACUUCAUCCAGAGCUACCACAUGUUGAUUGCCCAGAACGAGGCCGAGGAGCUGCCCUCCGUCACGGUGAACCCCUACUUCUCCUUUGGGCCUGUGAGCAAGGCUGUCUCUGAGAUGAAGCAGCACCUUCACGAGUUCAGCAAUGACGAGCUGGUCAAAGUAGCUCAGACCGUGAACAAAAUGCCUUUCUGCCAGCUGGAUGAUGCCAAAAGAAAACAAUCAAUAAAAGCUGAAACUGCUGAGGUUGACAUGAUGUACAGAACGCCAACCAAGGAACCCAAGAGCAGAGAGGACUUCAUGAAAUAUGCCUGUCCGCUGACAUUGGACUCCAACACAGCCUACCAACAACUUUAUCUGUCUAGAGGGAACAGGAAGGCCGCCCUGAAGAGAGACCCCCAGUCCUACAGUGACAGUGCGGCCAGGUUUGACUGUCUGCCCCAAGUCCUGUGUAAGGAGCCCCUGUCCGGAGGCUGCCACUACUGGGAGGUGGAUUGGAGUGGAGAGGGGGCCUCCGUCGGUGUCACCUACAAGGGCAUCAAGAGGACCGGCUAUGGGGACAGCUGUCGAAUUGGGUACAACCGCAAGUCCUGGAGUCUCUUCUGCUCUGACUCGAGCUACUCGGCCCGCCACAGCAAGGACCAGAUGGAGAUCAACGCGCCCUACUCCUCUCGUAUCGGGGUGUUCCUGGACCACACUGGAGGCACCCUGUCCUUCUACAGCGUAGGAGAAACCAUGACCCUCAUCCACCGCUUCAGUGCCUCUUUCAGUGAAGCUGUUUAUCCAGGUUUCUGGGUCUGGUAUGAGUCUGCCAUUACCAUCUGCCAAUUGUAAAAACAUGCUAUACUAUAACAAUGAGAAAUGUGAAUCUGUAAUUCAGUUUUUUGUGCAACCAUAACUUUUAUAUCGCCACUCAUACUGUAGAAUGAUGACAUGGGAUUAUAUUGUGGGAAAUAUAUACUUU